AUUCAAUGUAACACUCGUUCAAAACUUUGAGGGUGUCACAUGCAAAACAGUCCGACCACAGCUGACAGCAAUCAGGCAAUUUUGCAGCAAUGGAGGUUCGAGCGAGCAGAGUCAGAGGAGGCAGCUGGAGACGAGGAGGAGGCGGACGAGGUGGAAACGACAGCGACGGUCAUGGUGGUGAGCACCGGGGCAGAGGAGCGAGAGGAGGCCAGCACCGCGGCCGGGGGAAGAGAGACCACUACCGGGGCCGAGGACGCGGAGGAGGCGCCCCGUCAUCGGAGCUCCAUCACCGGGAUCAAGAUGAAGGGGACGGCUUUGAGGAAGAAGGCGACAGGAUGGAGGUUUUCUCCAGGAGGAAACUGGAGUCAAACUGGGACCGUUAUGAGGCGUCAGAGAGGCCGGAACCUGGUAAUGAUGACAUGCCGACUCAGAGAGGAACAGACUACCACGUCCUGCUGGAGUCAGCAGGGGAUUCCUUCACUCAAUUCCGCUUUUCAGAAGAAAAGGACUGGGAGAUGGACUCGUCUGCAGCCAGUCAGGUGUCGGCAGUGUUUGUGGACCUCCCAGCGCUCGCCCAGAGCCUUCAACAAGUGCCUCUCCAUCAGAGACUCAACCUGGAGGCUGAGCUGCUUCAGGUCUCGACACCAGUAGAGCUGCCCGCUAUGACCCUCGUACCUAAACAGGAGAAGCCCAAAACGGCCACAUUCACUCCUCCGUCUGCAGCUUUAAAAAACCUCAGCAGCGACCAGAGAGUCCCCGUGGCUACAAACCCGGCAUCGGGCUCAGACUCGCAGGUCUCCUUGAGUACUGCAGAGCCGCCGGUGGGUGAUGAUGGUGAUGAGGAGCUGGACCAGCUGCUCAAUUUACAGACACCGGUCACGGAUGUUUCCGGAAACCAGUCCAUCAGUGUUGCAGGAGACGAGGAGAUUGUCGUUCCAGAGAAAGUGUGUGAGGAAGUGAAGGAGGUGGUACCAGAGGUGGUAGAAGAGAAGAUGGAGGAGGAGGUGAAAGACAAAGACGUCACACCUCCCAAGUCUGCUUCGGUCAAGCAGGAAAUGACAGAGGAAGACCUGGAGGACUGGCUAGACAGCAUGAUCUCGUGACCAUCAACCAGUAAGGAGAGGACUUGAUUAAAGACAGAAGAUGUACAUAAAAGGAAAUUGGACUUUGGUUUUGAAUUCAACCUUCAGCCUGAAAGCCAAUUUUGAAGUUUACAUGCUGUACAGACGUUAAUAAAAGGAUUUAAAAGUUGGAUUAUUCUUUCA